UCAAUAAACAAAGGGUGAUAGCUAAAUGACAUUUUAGACAUGACAAUAUUGAAAUUUCUGCAAAAUUUGGAAAAUAAUUCUAAACGAAGCCGAACUGCUGUGCUUUACACAGCAACACAUGAAGAUGUUUUUUUUUCUGAAUGAAUAAAUCUGUGAUUUUGAGAGUCAUGAACUUACUACGUUAAAGAAUCUAAAGAAUGCACUUAGAAAUCCCUUUUCAUUUAGGAAUAUUAUCCCUAAUUAUAUUUUCUCUAAAGUUGGUGGCCUGAAUUUUCUCCUGUUUUGUAAUUAUAAUGCCUUAAAGGUCUCUAGCAAGCUGUCUGAUUUCCAUAAGCAGAUACCUAGUAUGAAAUGUGUUGUUCACACUUUUUAGUGUUUAUUUAGUGUUUAUUUCAUUUUUCUGACAUUUCAUAUUUCUAUAGUUAUGUAAUUACAACAUUAAUUUCAUAGACAUAACUUUAUUCACGGAGCAUAAAUAUAUAGUUCAAUCAUGAAAAAAUAUAAAUAUAUAGUUCAAUCACGGGUUGAUAUAUUCACCUGUUUGCAAAAAAGGCUGCUGACUUUAAAAUGUAGAUGACACUUCUUGUAUGGAAAAACGCUACUCAAAACAACUGAAACAAUUUGUUUCAAACAAUAGGGUUGCUCUACAAAUAACCCUGACUCAUCGGUUUGACUGAAUGAGCUGUAUUUUCCAUCAAUGCUUUAUUUUGACACAGAAUAUCUCUUUUUAUUCAUGGUCUCUUAACAUAAAUAUGUAAUUUGUUAUACUUAUUGCAUUUAUAGAGCAACCUUUAAACAAGCUGGCAAUACAACAGAAGAAAAUCCCUUAAUGCAAUAUAUAAACGUAUAUAUUGUGUGUGUGUUAGAUAUAAAUAGUGUUCACUAUACUUACAGUAAUCUGAUGAAUCAUGUGUAACAAAUCUUAAACACUCACAUCCACAUUUCAAAUAAAAGCUGAUGGGUGUGUUCAUAAGGUUCAUGACAUCGAUAAUUACGUGUUAUAAUACUCUGCCCAUGAAAGUAAUGCACGUUAUAUAUAAAAAUAAAACGGCAAGAUUACUUUAAACAUUAAAUCUUAACUUACAUUUUAGCAUUUUUACAUAUCAAAUGUAAUAAUAUAUGAUCUGACAAUGUAACCCACUUUAUUUCUGUUAAAAUACGUCCCUUGUCUGUUUACACAAAAGAACAUAGUAGAAUCAAACUUGUCUAGCAGGUGAUAUACACAGACAAUCAGUGACCUGCUUACAGGCACAUUAAUUCCGGUAGAGGUGGAUCAUCUGAGAAAGAAAGUCAUCUCAGAACCUAACUCUCAGGCUCUCUAAAUGGUCGUUUCCACAGGCAGAGUAAGAGUGUUUAUUCUUUUAAAUGUGUAACUACUGUAAACGGCCUUUUUGAAGUAGAUUCAUAGAAAGGCAUUCUUACUUUGAUAUAUAUGUGUGUGUGUGUGUGUGUGUGUAAUUUUGUAUUUUUAUGCAUGUAUAAAUUUAAUCACAUCAUUGUUCUGUGAUUCUAUUUGGAUUUGCUAUCUUACAGAUAUAAGCUGUCUGGAUGAGUCAUAUAAUUGCCAUUUGUUGAAGAAAUAGAUUGAAACGAUUUUGACUGACAGACAUCAGUGAGAAACAUGGGAGGGCAAGGACGAAUAUCGAAGUACUUCAUAGGAAUCAUCGUGGCUGUCUUGCUGACCCGUGAAUGUGAAAUGCAGAACGCAUAUGAAAACACGUAUUCUGAUUUCCCAGAAACAAGUAUUGGGUUACAGUUUAGCUACACAGAUGGGCCACAGCAUCAUAGAAGACAGAGAAGCUCAGAUCAAUUGGAAUAUUUUGCAGUUGUGGAAAUGAAUGUAUCCCAAGCUGUGGUGAUUGAACAGAUCAAAAAAUCAUUGGCCUAUGCCAUGUUUCCUUUUCAAAUGGACAACAAUACUGAAAUUAUUUUUGCCAACAUUACAACGGUGUGCCAAUCAAAUGUGUCUGAAUACCAGUGCAUAUGUGAAGAUGGUUAUGCGUGGUCGUACAACAACUGCCAGACAUAUGAGGCCUGUGGCGACAUCGGUUUUGGCUCAUGUGGAUGUAUCAGUCGUGUUCCCAGUGAUGGAGAGAUGUGUGUGCUGGAGAGCGUACCAUCACCAAAAGCACCAUUUACAGAAUCCCCAACACCAUCAGAACCAACAGAAUCACUAUCAACCCCAACACCAUUAAUAUCAACAACAUUAUCAAGACAAUCAAUUACUCCACCACCAAUAGAAUCCCUAUCAACAGCAACAAUGUCUACACUAUCAACAGAGUCACCAUCAUCAACAGAAUCAACAUCUACAUCAUCGAUAUCACUGCUAACACCAUCAACAGAAUUAACAUCACCAUCGACAACAACACCAUCACCAACAACAGCGAUGCCGUCACCAGAAUCACCAUCAGCAACAGCGACACAAUCAACAUCAAUGCUAACACCAUUCACAGAAUCAUCUUCAACAGCAACACCUUCACCAUCAACGCCACCAACAGAGUCACAAUCAACAUCAGUGCUAACACCCUCAACAGAAUCGCCAUCAUCAGUAGCAACACAAUCAACAUAUAUGACAUCCAAGCCACCAACACCAUCCAAAUCAACACUAUCGACACCUGCGCCAUCAACACAACCAACAACAAUGAAAACGAUAGUUAUUGGAAUGUCAGUGAAAAUAUCUCAGACUUUUGACCCCAGCCUUUCUGACAAUAAUAGCGUGACCUACAAAGAUUUAUCUAGACGAAUUGAGUCAGUGAUUGACACAAUUUAUUCUAAUAAGCUAAAUGGCUACAAGGUUGGUUCUACAAAAGUCACUGGCUUCAGGCCUGGUAGUGUUAUAGCAGACUACACAAUAAAUGCAACAUCCAACAGCCUUGACUUUGGAGCAGCCAACGCAGAGGUUUCUGACUCUUUAAGUAAACAAGGAUUAAUAUUAGCAGAAGAUGCUUUUACUCUAAGUGAUCAAAUAGUUUUCACAUCAGAUCAGUUAUAUCCGCUGCAAAAGGUGGAGCUGAACUGUGCACAGCCGGGGUUUGCAAUGGGCCAAAUAAAAUGGACGGUGGAUAACAAAGAUCCAGCACUAGACAACACAAGAUACUUCAUUUCAAACGACAACAGUACUCUCACUGUGAAAAAUGCUACUGAAAGUGACAGUGGUCGAUACUCAUGCAUUAUACAAGGCAAUAUACCGUACGUUCAAUGGCAAAACAUUACUAUUAAAAAAAGCCCCAGUAUUAAUGUGGGUGAAAAGGAACGCUAUUUUUUCUGUGAUGGCAGCCGUUUCCAACUGAUAUGUUCUGUUGAUGUUGGCUACAAUAUUGAGUGGGUCCUGGGUGAAAACGUAUUAACGUCAGGAAAUGGCACCAUCACAUACAACUAUACAAUGCAAAAUGUAAAUUGUACAGAGAAAAUCUUUACAUGUCGUCUCAGGGAUCUGCCACAGCUGAAGAACUAUGGAUAUAGCCAGAGCAGUGUUAGAGUAAGAACAAUCGCAGCAGGUGAUGCUAAUGUACUUGACGUUAUCCACAAACUUACAAGUAAAGUUGAGUUCUUGACAGGGGAGGAGAUUCCAGUGUUCAUGGCUAAUCUCAGUUCUUCCACAGAACAGUAUGAAAAUAAUAUAUCCCAUUCCUCUGCUACUGUUCAAGCAAUUGUGGAUAUACUCUCUAAAAUUGCUGAUUUGUCAGAAUCAGUUGUUAUCAAUGAACCAGUAAUGAGGCAUUUCCUAAAAACAGUGGAUAUUAUUAUAUCAGAUAACUUCAUUGACACAUGGAACAAACUGACAACAAAUAACACCAGCAUUAAACUUCUGAGUGCUAUUGAGAAUAUAAGUGGCCAUCUCACAGAUGAGUUUGUGAUUAAUGAAAAAUCCAUUCAGCUGAAUAGAACUAAAGUUCCAAACUCAUUCAUUUUAACAUCAGCACUGCCAAACUCAACUACAGAGAUUGUGAUACCACAGGUUCCUCAAGCGACUAUCAUAACCAUCAUAAUUUUCACAACUCUUGGCAAUGUCCUACCUACUCGUGUUUCUAAUGACAGCAAGAAAUCAGAUGUGCACAUCAAUGGAGAUGUGGUUGUUGUUAAGGUUAACGAAACGCUUAACAACAUUUCUUUUACAUUUGACAUUACUGAUCAGUCUUUGGGAAAGCCUCAGUGUGUCUUUUGGAACUUUAGUCUCAACACAUGGGAUUCCACUGGAUGUGAAGUAAAGCAGAACAGUACUGGAAACAUUACAUGUGAAUGCAACCACACAACUUCAUUUUCAAUCUUAAUGUCACCAUUUUCUAUUGAUCCUGGUAAUCAAAUACCCUUAAGCUAUAUAACUCGCAUUGGUCUAGCUAUUUCGAUGGCCAGUUUGAUUAUAUGCCUGAUUAUUGAGGCUACCGUAUGGAAGUCAGUAAGAAGAAAUGACACAUCCUACAUGCGACAUGUCUCCAUAGUCAACAUUGCUGUAUCUCUGCUGAUUGCAAACAUCUGUUUUAUCAUUGGAGAUGCAUUUGCAGACGAAGAGCAGCCAUUCAAAGAAGAUCGAUGCAAUGCAUUGAGUUUUUUCAUGCACUACUUUUACCUGGCUCUUUUCUUCUGGAUGUAACUGUCAGCACUGUUGCUCUUUUACCGUACAGUCAUGGUCUUGUCUCAAAUGUCAAGAGCUAAGAUGAUGGUCAUUGCCUUCACAGUCGGUUAUGGUGCACCUUUGCUCAUAGCGGUCAUUACUGUUGCAUCAACAGCUGGACAUCAAAAGUAUAUUACCAAAAAUGAUGUAUGCUGGCUGAACUGGAACGAAUCAAAUGCUCUGCUGGCAUUUGUGAUUCCAGCUCUCACUAUUGUAGCCAUAAACCUUGUGGUUUUGGUUGUGGUUCUGUACAAGAUGUUGAGAAGAGGAGUUGGUGCCACAACUCAACCAGAUGAGAAGCAUGCCCUGGUGGUUAUUGCCAGAUGUGUGGCCAUUUUGACUCCUAUCUUUGGUCUAACAUGGGGAUUUGGAAUUGGAACCAUGGUGUCACAGAAAUUAGGCAUUCAUGUGGUGUUUGCACUCCUCAACUCACUGCAGGGAUUCUUUAUUUUGGUGUUUGGAACGCUUUUAGACAGCAAGGUCCGUGAGUCAUUAUCAGGAACGCUGUUGCUACAGAAACUCACUUCUAGCCUCACCAAU